CCGCGACCGCAACGGUCUCCCCAGACCCCGGAAAUGCAGGUCGUGAUGCCCCGAACCCUCGUCCUGCUGCUGGCGGGGGCCCUGGCCGUGAGCGAGACCUGGGCGGGCUCCCACUCCUUGAGGUAUUUGUCCACCGCCGUGUCCCGGCCCGGCCGCGGGGAGCCCCGCUUCAUCAUCGUCGGCUACGUGGACGACACGCAGUUCGUGCGGUUCGACAGCGACUCUGUCAGUCCGAGGAUGGAGCCGCGGGCGCCGUGGGUGGAGCGGGAGGGGCCGGAGUACUGGGACCUGGAGACGCGGAUCGCCAAGAACAACGCACAGAGUUUCCGAGGGAGCCUGAACACCCUGCGGGGCUACUACAACAACAGCGAGGCCGGGUCUCACACCAUCCAGAAAAUGUACGGCUGUGACGUGGGCCCCGACGGGAACCUCCUCCGCGGGUACGAGCAGUUCGCCUACGACGGCAGGGAUUACAUCGCCCUGAACGAGGACCUGCGCUCCUGGACCGCGGCGGACACGGCGGCGCAGAUCACCCGGCGCAAGUGGGAGGCGGCCGGUGACGCGGAGCAUGACAGGAACUACCUGAAAGAGAAAAUAGUAGACAUCGUAAGGAAGAGAAAGUGCGUGGCCUCUACUUACUGUAGAAAAGUCCGCAUACAGGUGCACACGCCCCGUGCAAACCAGUGUCAUUCAGAGGUGAACUGUGUAUUGUGUAAGUGCAGUAAUAAGGGAAGUGUUUACAUGGAAGUUGGCAGGAGCUUGGAGGAAGGUGACCCAGAGCACCGUGCAUAUGGGGACGAUGGCUACUUCACUACAGCGAUCAGAGGGAGCCUCACCAGGGGCCUUUGA